AAAAAGGAAAACUUAUAGUGGUGCAUAAAACAAGACAAGAAGAGAAAUAAGAACCACUCAUGCACAUUCAAGCAAACAAACCCUCAGAUUCUACUCCCUAUAAGAAUCCCAUGCUUCUUGUAAGGCUGCCUAGAAGCUGAGUCCAUACACACAUAUUCACAGAGAGAGAGAUGGCAGGGCAAUCUAAUGGAAGCUCAGAGUCUUUUAUCAAGAUCCCAACCAUAAAAUUUACAAAGCUUUUCAUCAAUGGAGAAUUUGUUGAUUCCUUUUCAGGAAAAACAUUUGAGACGAUAGACCCAAGAACUGGAGAAGCAAUAGCAAGAAUUGCGGAAGGAGAUAAGGAGGAUAUUGAAUUGGCUGUGAAGGCUUCACGAGAGGCGUUUGAUCAUGGUCCAUGGCCUCGCUUGUCUGGUUCUGCAAGGGCAAGGAUUAUGAUGAGAUUUGCAGAUUUAAUUGAUGAAAAUAAAGAAGAGUUAGCUGCACUGGAUACUAUUGACGCUGGAAAAUUAUUUAGUGGGGGCAAAACUGUGGAUAUUCCUUCAGCAGCAAAUACUCUUCGUUACUAUGCAGGAGCUGCAGAUAAGAUUCAUGGAGAAGUCCUGAAGAUGUCUCGAGCGUUACAAGGGUAUACCCUGCGGGAACCCAUUGGAGUUGUUGGACACAUAAUCCCUUGGAACUUCCCUAGCCUUAUGUUCUUCAUGAAGGUUGCUCCAGCCUUAGCUGCAGGGUGCACCACCAUUGUCAAGCCUGCCGAGCAAACCCCUCUUUCAGCUUUGUUUUAUGCCCAUCUUGCUAAGCUGGCUGGACUUCCUGAUGGAGUACUUAAUGUCGUAACUGGAUACGGACCAACAGCUGGCGCUGCCAUUGCUUCUCACAUGGACAUUGAUAUGGUAAGUUUUACAGGGUCUACUGAAGUCGGGCGUAAAGUAAUGCAGGCUGCAGCAACAAGUAAUCUGAAACAGGUUUCACUUGAAUUAGGAGGCAAGUCACCUCUCCUAAUUUUUGAUGAUGCUGAUAUUAAUACAGCUUCUGAUCUUGCUCUCUUUGGCAUUUUGUAUAACAAGGGAGAGGUCUGUGUGGCAAGUUCGCGUGUUUAUGUUCAGGAGGGAAUUUAUGACGAAAUCGUUAAGAAGUUGGUCGAGAAGGCAAAAGCUUGGGUAGUUGGUGAUCCUUUCGAUCCUAAAGUUCAUCAAGGACCUCAGGUUGAUAAGCAGCAGUACGAGAAGAUUCUUUCUUACAUUGAGCAUGCCAAAGGAGAAGGGGCAACACUGUUAACAGGCGGUAAGUCUUUGUUCGAGAAGGGAUAUUACAUCGAGCCCACCAUUUUUGCCGAUCUUCAGGAGGACAUGUUGAUUGUAAAGGAUGAAAUUUUUGGACCAGUCAUGUCACUGAUGAAGUUCAAGACUAUAGAAGAGGCAAUUAAGAGAGCUAACGAUACAAGAUAUGGUUUAGCAGCGGGAAUAGUGACAAAGGACUUGAAUAUAGCUAAUACAGUAGCAAGAUCAAUCCGUGCAGGCGUCAUUUGGGUCAACUGUUAUUUUGCGUUCGAUCAGGAUUGCCCUUAUGGAGGAUAUAAGACAAGUGGAUUUGGAAGAGAUUUUGGACUGGAAGCCCUCCACAAGUAUCUCCAAGUAAAAUCUGUUGUGACACCCAUUUAUAACUCUCCUUGGCUAUGAUCAACCAGCAUGUCUCCUAGAUUUGAAGAAUAAAGGAACGUCUUCCUCAGAUCUAUAAUAAAAUCUAUCUUUUGCUUCGGUCUCAA